AUGGCACACGUCCGAUGCCAAUACCGCGAGGCAAGAGACUUGUACAAAAAGUGCAUCCAGACUUCCCCUGACCAUCUCGCCGCAGUGUACCUCUACACGCAAUGCUUGAUUCACGAGCGGUCCUUCUCAACAGCCGUGAGGGUCAUCGAGGAGGCUCCGCCACAGCUGCGCGAAGAACCACAGGUCAUGAAAUUGUUGGCGACGGGCUACCUGGCCACAGGUGAGCAUGAUCAUCAGGCCAAAGCCGCUUGCGAUAGGCUGGUCAUAAGAACUCCGGAAGACUUCGAGGCAUGGGCCAUGAGAGCAGAGGUAUAUUCCCGGUUCGAGAAGGUAGGGUACCCCAAGGAAACCUUUGAGUCCUAUGAGGCGAUGUUUGAUCUGGUCAAGGACAGCGCUGCGGCAUGCGCCCGCGUUACCCCGCAAAUGUGGAACAAUUGGGGCACGAUGUUGGCCGUGUAUGGUGAUCCAGGGCUAGCCCAAGAGGCAUACGUGCGUGGCAUAAAUUCCCUUGAGGAGAAGCAACGCCUCGGAGAUGCUGUCGGCCAAGCAGCAAAGGAUCUCGACGCAGCUCACAUCACUUUGAAAUUCAACAGGGCCUGGCUUGCUGCAAGCACGGGCGGUGACAUGCUAGAGGCCAUCCAUGUGUACAUCGGCCUCGCAGAAAGAUGCAAGUGGUUUGCCGAUGCAUUUCUCCAGCUUGGAUUGGAAUGGCAGCGCGUGGGAAAGACGGAUGAAGCUAUGAGAAAUUUCCAGGAGGCCAUGAAGCACAGCCCCUUCAUGGGCAAGCUUCUUUGUUCCGAGGCACUGCGAGAGUCAGGCAAGUACCCGGAAGCGCUGAAGUGGGGUGAUCGUGCAGCAAGACACGCACGUCAUGACCAGAUUCACUACGCCUGCGUUUUUGCUGGGAACUUGUAUUUUGAGGCUUCGAAUCAUUACAAGACCAAAAGUUCUAGCAAAGACGGCUAUCUGCGAAAGGCAAUGAAAUACUUUGUCAAAGCUCUGGCAGCCAAGAAGGACUGUCAGUUUGCUGCCAACGGCAUUGGGAUGGUGUUUGCUGAGCGUGGAAAGUUUGAGCUUGCCAAGCAGGCUUUCCAAUCCGUCGUGAACCAUCAGGGCAUGGAAGACAACCCUUCAGUGCACAUCAAUCUGGCGCACUCGUACGUGCAGGCCAAUACGAGUGAGAACGACAUCAGGAAAGCCAUUGAUUUGUACCGCGCGGCCAAGAAUCUUGACCCGGAAGACAAAAACGUGCGAGCAUACAUUGCCAAAGCCCACUUCAUGUUGCAGGAGUACGAGGAUUGUAGAGACGUCUUGGCCGAAGCGAUCUUCUUCAAGUCAUGCAUGGGCCAGGUGUGCGGCCUAGCCUACGUCCAAAUGCCUGCCCACAACACCGGUCGGACUCUGAGCGUCGCCGCGUGGCUCACUCUAUUCGCAAAUCAGAGAUUUUACUGA